AUGGAUGAAGCAAUAGAUAUAUUAUUAUGUUUCUUAUGGUUAGCCUCAGGCAUCACCAAUCUCUAUCCUACUCUUGCGGAUAGUAAAGUAAAUCCAUUCUCUUGUGAUCAAUAUCAAGGUGAAUUUCAAAGCUGGUGUGAAUAUUCUCAUAUUUCUAGAUAUUCAGGUUGGUCCUUGGCCAUUUUACAUUUCCUUAUGGCAGUUAUUACUCCUUUAAUGUUAGAAAAAAGUGGAAAUUUCGAUGAUCAU